GACAGAUCGCAAGAUGGCGGCGGACAGCGACCCGGAGUCGGAUGUGUUUGAAAUCACGGACUUUACGACUGCUUCGGAAUGGGAGAGAUUUGUGUCAAAAAUUGAAGAAGUGCUGAAUGAUUGGAAACUGAUUGGAAGUACCACAAGCAAACCUUUGGAAAAGGGUGAAUUAACCUCUGGAGUGUGGGAGGAGAAGUCUGAUGAGAUUUCUUUCGCAGAUUAUAAAUUCAGUAUAACGCAUCAUUACCUCAAACAAGAAACUUCAACCGAUAAAGACAUAAAAGAAGCGUGUGAAGAAGAUGUUCUUCCUGAAGCAAUGCAGGAUUUGCUAUCCAUGAACAAUGAUUUUCCACCCAGAGCUCACUGCCUCGUCAGAUGGUAUGGUCUACGGGAGUUUGUGAUAAUUGCUCCAGCAGCUACUAACGAUGCAGUCAUCAGUGAAUCGAAGUGCAAUAUUCUGCUCAGCUCCAUCUCCAUUGCAUUAGGCAACACUGGUUGUCAGGUGGCCCUGUUUGUGCAAAUUCAACAAAAGUCAAGAAGAAUGUACGUGGGUGUAUGCGAAGGCCCUGGUGUCCGGACGGAUUUUGAAAUGGUUCAUCUUCGGAAAGUGCCAAAUCAGUACAAUCAUCUGUCAGGUCUUCUGGACAUAUUUAAAUCCAAGAUUGGAUGCCCUUUGACACCUUUGCCCCCAAUAAAUGUAGCUAUUCGGUUUACAUAUAUCCUUCAAGAUUGGCAACAGUAUUCUUGGCCUCAGCAGCCACCAGAUUUUGAUGCAUUGGUUGGAGGAGAAGUGGGUGGUCUAGAAUUUGGAAAGUUACCAUUUGGAGCAUGUGAAGACCCUAUUAGUGAAUUACAUUUAGCCACCACUUGGCCUCAUCUCACGGAAGGCAUUAUUGUUGAUAAUGAUGUGUACUCGGACCUUGAUGCUCUGCAAGCACCCCUCUGGUCUGUCAGGGUGCGGAAGGCUGAUAACCCCCAGUGUUUGUUGGGAGAUUUUCUUACUGAAUUCUUCAAACUCUGUCUCCGGAAAGAAUCGACAGAUGAGAUUCUUGGAAGAUCAACAUUUGAAGAUGAAAGUAAAGAUCAUGCAGAUAUUAGUCAAGCAUUGCAGAAGCUCACAGAACCAACAUCUGUUCACAUGCCUCGAUUAUCCACUAUGUCAAAUAUGGUCCACAGUGCUCGCAAAAGGAUGCAUAAACACAGGCGUAUAGAAGAGUCACCAAUCAGUAAUGAAGUUCUAAACUCCAUUUUGUUAUUUCUGUUUCCAGAUGCUGUUGAAAAGGCUGGAGAUUCAUCUAAUGCUAAACGUAGCAGUUCAGGAGGAAGUAGUAUUGCUACAGCUGAAGAAGAGGGGAACCUUUACAGUCAAUUUAAAUCUGCUCCCUCGGACAGUCUGACAUACAAGUUGGCUUUAUGUCUCUGUAUGGUUAACUUUUAUCAUGGUGGAAUGAGGGGUGUGGCCCAUUUAUGGCAAGAAUUUGUGUUGGAAAUGCGGUACAGAUUGGAAAAUAAUUAUCUUGUGCCAGGGUUAUCCACUGGAGCUCCAGAUUUAAAAUGUUGCUUGUUACAUCAAAAAUUGCAGAUGUUGAAUUGUUGCAUUGAGAGGAAAAAAGCAAGAGAUGUUGGAAAGAAACAGACAUCAGAAAAUGUAAUGGUUGGUUCAACAGAGAGAAAGUUGUCGAAUAAUGCUGGCAAAGGGACAACAGAGAGUAUGGAUAACAAAGAGUUUGAUAAGGAAAACAAAGGAGAAUCUUCCCAGCAGAAAUCAUGGGACUCGUGGAGUGACAGUGAGGAUGAGUUUUUUGAGUGUCUGAGUGACACAGAAGACUUGAAGGAAAGUAGACAGGAGAGUGAAACAAAAGAAGGAACGACAAAAGGUGAAAAAAAAGAUGAAGGAGGAAAGAAAGACAUCCAAAAGUGCAGACCAGAUGGACGCUUGCAUCAGCAUGGCAAACUGACUCUUCUUCUCACGGGAGAUCCACUUUAUAUUCCACUUACACAAGAACCAGCACCAAUGACAGAAGAUUUAUUAGAAGAGCAAUCAGAGGUAUUAGCUAAAUUGGGAACUUCAGCUGAAGGAGCACAUCUACGUGCUAGGAUGCAGAGUGCUUGUUUGCUGUCAGACAUGGAAUCCUUCAAGGCUGCAAAUCCUGGCUGUUGUUUGGAAGAUUUUGUGAGGUGGUACUCUCCACGUGAUUAUGUUGAAGAAGAAUUCACUGAUGAAGUAGGUGACAAGGUUCUCAGAGGAGAGUUAAGUGCCAGAAUGAAAAUCCCUGGUAACAUGUGGGUGGAAGUAUGGGAAACUGCAAAGCCAAUUCCUGCUCGAAGACAAAGACGGCUUUUUGAUGACACAAGGGAGGCUGAAAAGGUUCUUCACUAUUUAGUUGGCUUGAAACCUGCAGAUUUGACUAGACAUUUACUGCCUUGUAUCUUGCAUGCAGCACUGCUGAAGGUUAAAGAAGAAGAAUCUAUAGAAGAUAUCCCAUCUGUAAGGAAAUUAAUUCAGCAGAUCAUUACUCAUGCUAGCAAACUAUUAAGAUAUUCAAACCCUGACAUAAAAAAAUUGGAAGAAAUAAUUAGUCAAAUAACAGCUUCAGAAACUAUUAUUGCAAGAUCUCGAUCACUCCAAGCCAAAUUUGGAAUUAAGAAAUGCGAAAAGGAAGAUGAACGUGAGGAAUUGGAAAGGUUUGUGAGCUGUCUUUUAGAACAGCCAGAAGUACCUGUUAAUGGAGCAAGACGAGGGCCUACAGGGAACGUUAUUUACAAACUAUUUGUUAAUGCACAGAGGCUAUCUGAAUCUACUGAAGAGGCCACAACUCUGACUCCGAUUGAUGAUGAACCUGGAAAGCCAUGCUCUUCUGAUGAGCGCAAAUCAAGUUUAGGAGCAGCAUCAGAAUUUCCUCUGCCAACCGGACGUGAAAUAAUGCUUCGGACCACUGUACCUCGCCCUGCACCAUACUCCAAAUCUUUACCACAACGCAUGUACUGUGUUUUGUUAAAAGAUGAAUUCCGUCUAGCUGGUGCAUUUUCAUCUGACACAUCGUUCUUCUAAUAUAAUUGAUAAUUUAACUAAUUAAAAUAUGAUCAUUUACUAAUACUUUGGUGUCAUUCCUACAUUUUACACACUUUAGUAAAUGAACAUGUUUUAGCUGAAACUGCUAAAUAUCUCAAAGUUGAUCCAAUGCUACUAAUGCUUCAUAAAUAGUAUGCAUGCAUAUAUGCAAACUAGCAGUGAUUCUAGUAAGAGAUAUCACGUUUGAAAGAAUUUGGCAAAAGCAGAAACAAUAUACACAAACACUAUUUAAAAAUAAAAAUAGCAGUAUAGUUAUGAAAUUGAUCAAAUGUACAAUGUUACAUGUGAAAUGGAACGGUAUUGUGCAUUGGAUACGUUUGAUAGUCUGCUGCGUGCAGGAUAAUACUUAUUACAGCCCUGGAAGCAUUUGGAAUGGUCACAAAAGAUCCCUGCCUAUACCGUGUACUCAAGAUUAUAAUAAGUUUUCUGAUGUAGGUGCUUUUGAAGGAUUUUAUUGCAUCAAUAAAUCAUACAAAUCA